CAUAAAUUGGCCAAUCAAGAGGGUAAGAUCUUAUUAGCCCUUUCCGAUUUAAAAGAAGGCCAAAUUCAAUCUCUUCGCACAGCGGCUAAGUUAUAUAAGAUACCAGAGAACCUACUAGACCGGCAAUCACAUACCCCUCCAAGCCCAACUAAGACAGUAGUAGACCAGUUAAUUAAGGGUAGUUAUCUAUCCUUACAUAGCACUGCACUACUCACGCAAGAGAACGCCAAUCUACACACAGCGAACGAGAAGAAGCGCCAAAAACGCAACCGGUCGCAUAGGCAGAUACCCCAUAAGGGUGGUCUAUCGGUCGAAGAAGGUCUACUACUAGUAGAACAGCUAGUUCAGGAGGAAAAAGCUAAUAGGGUAGUAUUACAUACACUAGGCGAAUUGCCUAUUCAGACAGAUCCCCCACGAACUAGGGCACCUCCUAGGUAUAUUAAAUUAAUACGUGUUGGUUGA